UGCAGUUAAAGAAAGAUUGGGGGUUGCAGAAAGAUGAGAAGGCCCCAUCAAAAGUAUUUCUCAUAAUUCAUUUUGAGGCUCCUUCCCUGAACACAAAGUAGCUCUAACUUUUUCCAGUACAAUUGCUAUGCUUAGACCCACCCACACAUAUUGAACAGAAGAACUCAUCAUGAACAAGAGGAAGAAAAAUGUGAAUAGCUGAAUUGACAAACAACAAACAUACCCCCUCAGGAUUGUUAUCAAAUUUGGAAACUUAACAACCUUCUUAGAGUUUGUGAUUCAGUUUCCCAAUAAACUAUUCUUUUCUAUAUGAGAUUAUUAACUUGAGUGAAGUCCAAGUGAUCUUCUUUCCUGAACUUUAUAAAAGUAGCAUCCAAAUUCCCAAGAGCUGAAAGUUGCUGAUGCUGUGAAUUCGGGUUUUAUCGAUACACGGAUCACUCGAUUUCAGGAGAUGGCUUCAUAUGUUGCCCAUAGCAUGAUGUGAUUUCUUGUUUCUGCAAUGGCAAAGAGGAGCUGGUUCAAUAUAGUGAAGAGGUUCUUUGUUUCAGAGACACAGUCAAAGCAAAAAAAUAAGGAGAAGAGAAGGAAAUGGAUUUUUGGAAAGCUUAAGAUCAAAAGACUAGCCUCAUUAACUGCACCAUCACCACCAUCACCAUUAAAACAAAGGACACAAAAUGAGGCAGAGGAAGAACAGAGCAGGCAUGCUCUGACUGUGGCUAUUGCCAGCACUGCUGCAGCAGCUCAUGCUGCUGCUGAGGUUGUGAGGCUCACUGGCACGCCACAGUCUUCUGAGAAAUGUUUGGAGGAGGAAAAAUCAUUGUCAAUCAAUAUUGCUCAAAAUGAGGCCACUAAGUUGGCACAUCAAUGUGAGAGACAAGUACAAGAAUCUGCAGCUGUGAAAAUACAAACUGCCUUUAGAGGCUAUCUUGCAAAGAAGGCUUUGAGAGCACUAAAGGGAAUAGUGAAGCUUCAAGCGAUUAUUCGAGGACGGGCUGUGAGACGUCAAGCAAUGACUACACUCAAGUGCUUGCAAUCCAUAAUAAAUAUCCAAUCACAUGCCUGCGCUAGGAGAUUCCAAACGAUCGAAGACGCUCCCCAUUGCGAUGAACAUAAUCAGUUCCAAAAUUUGAGAGACACGAUAAUAAGGAUGGACUCAAACACUCAAAGAAUGUGGGAUGGCAGCCUCAUUUCAAAGGAAGAGGCAGAGGCCUUGUUUCUAAGCAAGAAAGAAGCUACGCUUAAGAGAGAACGAAUAAGGGAAUACUCGUAUACCCAUCGGAAGUCAGCAGAAUCAGAGAGAAACAAGGUAAAUGGAAGAUGGAGAUACUGGUUGGACCAAUGGGUAGAUACACAACUUUCUAAAAGCAAAGAACUUGAGGACUUGGACACGGUUUUGGAUUUGAAUGCAAAGCGUAAAGAAGAAUUUGGAGGAAAACAACUUAGGCUGAGAAACUUCCAAAGACAAAAGAUUCAGAUUGAAGGAAUGGAUUCUCCGGUGUUUGUACCAAGAAGAUCUUCAUACCACAGAAAGCAGUGUUCAUUGGGAGAUGAGAAUUCCUUCACAAGCUCUCCUGUUGUUCCAACUUACAUGGCUGCAACAAAAUCUGCCAAGGCAAAAGCAAGGUCUCUAAGCUCCCCUAAGUUAAGGGCAGGCAGUUUAGAUACUUACUCUGAGAGCUAUUCACCAUGCAAGAAUAACAUCUCUCUUAUAUCUUCUAUCACCAGUGAAGUCCCAAUUAGCAGCACUGGAAAAAUAUUGGGCAAGUGUAGUAGUAUCCAGCAAAGAUCUCCAAGCAUGAAGGGCCUUCCAAGCCCUUUAAGAUUAAAACAGACGGCAAAGGAUCGAAGCUUCGAUUGGGAUAGACAAACUGCUUUUAGAUGAUGAUUUCAGUGGAAUUAAAGACAGAUUAGUCUGGUUAGUGUAUUUGGUUUGGAUUGCUGAAGUUAAUUUGUAAUUACAAGUUAACUAAGUGGAUGAACAUUUUCAGUCCUUUAACCAUAUAUAGGUUCAUUACUACAUAGAUAAAUAACACCUUACCUUAAACUUUA